AUGUCCUCACCCACCACCACCACCACCAUUCCCCCAUCACCAACCAAAAAAUCCCCCCUCUCCCACCACCGCCACCUCUCCCCCACCUCCUCCAUCCGCAUCUCCCCCCUCCAACUCGGCGGCAUGUCCCUAGGCACAACCUGGAGCGACCGCCUCGGCGCGGUCCCCAAAUCCUCCGCCUUCUCCCUUCUCGACAGAUUCUACUCCCUAGGCGGCAACUUCAUCGACACCGCGAACGCCUACCAAGCGGGGCAAUCAGAGGAAUGGAUCGGCGAAUGGAUGGCGACUCGGUCUCCCACCCGUCGCUCGGAGAUGGUCAUCGCAACAAAAUACACCCUCUCCCCUAUUCCCCCCAACCAUACUCCCCAAAUCCAACAAAGCAACUUCGGCGGCAACGGCACCAAAUCCAUGCGCGUCUCCAUCGACGACUCCCUCCGCAGACUGCAAACCACCUACAUCGAUGUGUUCUACGUGCACGCGUGGGAUUACUCCACGAACGUGGAGGAGUUGAUGCAGUCGCUCAACCAUCUCGUGGUCCAGGGAAAGGUACUCUACCUGGGGAUUAGUGAUGCGCCGGCGUGGGUGGUCAGCAAGGCGAAUAUGUAUGCGAGGGUGCAUGGGCUCCGCGGGUUUAGUGUCUAUCAGGGUAGGUAUGGGGCUACGUGUAGGGAUUUGGAGAGGGAGGUUAUUCCCUUGUGUAGGGAUGAGGGGAUGGGGGUUUGUGUUUGGGGGGUGCUGGGGAAUGGAUACAUUCGCUCCCCCAACAAGGAAUCUGCUUCGAAGAGAGUUCGAAACGUCUCCCACCUACUUACCGGCUACGAAGAGCAGGUUUCGUUGGUGUUGGAUACCGUUGCGAAGCGUCAUGGCGAAGGGGUUUCUGUGACGAGCGUGGCUAUUGCCUACGUGUUGCAGAAAACACCCUACCUUUUCCCCAUUAUCGGCGGACGGACGGUCGAGCAGCUCGAGGAGAAUGUGCAGGCGUUGAGUUUGGAACUUACUGCGGAAGAUGUGAAGGAUAUCGAUGCUGCGUAUCCCUUUGAUUUGGGCUUCCCGCAUAGUUUUCUCUGUCCUGGGGGGUAUCGUGAUGGUGGGGGUAGUCCGGGACCUCAGGAUGUGGCGUUUUCGAGGACGAUGGGGGAGUUUGAUUAUGUUGAGGGGGGGAGGGCGAUUAGGUCUGUUAAGGGGUGA